AUGAUGGAUGAUAUGAGUAAGGGCUUCGUAGUGCGAGACUACGGGUGCGACGCUAAAUGCUGCGAGCUGAUUUGGGGCACAUGCGAUGUCCGGGCGGGUCAUGUUAGCGGCAAACCCGAGGGCGCCGAGAAGCUUUCUUUAUUUCCUGUGGAAGAUUUGUAUCGUGAGGGUGCCAGGGUGGGCGCGAGUGCUGAGGGUGUGUUUGGGUGGGGUGUCGAGGACGUUGAAUGCCUGACCCAUGCAUUCGAU